UAGAAGGGUUGCACAUUUAAAGGGCCAGGCUGGCAUGGCCUGGGGGCUGGUUUGGCCAUGUGAAGACAAGAAUUGUGCCACCCAGAGCAGCAGAACGUGAGAAAAAUCAUCCUCGCUGCCCAAGAGGUCAAAAUUUUCCUUAAAACCCCUUUGCUUCUGCCCAACCUUUUGCCCUGAUUUUACAAAUUUGUGGUGAAAAUCCCAGGAGAGGCAGGUUCCACCUUUGAGGUUUCAAACCCAUCUCGGUGACACCUUUUUUAUGCAGGACAUCUCUUCAGAGGAGCUGCUGAGCGUGGGGAAGGGGAAGGAGAAGAAGAAGAAGGAGAAGAAGAAGCAGAGAGCAAAGGGAAAACGCACAAGUGGCUGUGGUUGGAGGGGUGAUGAUGUCACCGGGCUCAGUGGGAACACGGCGCUUUUAAAAAGCUGAAAGAAACAUCCUGACCCUCACUUGUCACAUCCCCACCCAGGAGCCACACACAGACACGCAGAGCCGAGUUAUCCUCAGCCAAGAAGGGGGGAAGAAGCUCCAUCCCAGCACAGAAUGCACUGGCAAAAAUCUUCUGCCCCAGACCAGCAGCCACAGCCUCGCCCCUACCAGGGCGUCCGAGUGAAGGAGCCCGUGAAGGAGCUGCUGAAGAGGAAAAGGGGGAAUGUCCAUAACUCCAGCACAACUGCAGCUACAACGGUUGUUUUGCCCCAUCAGCCAGUCCCUUCCUACUCACCCAUGGGCCAGCCUUGCCUCGACAUGGACGCUGCUGCCCCUGCUCUGCCUGGCCCGGAGGAAGGAGCUCUGGCCUCUGGGUGGAUCCCCCAGCCCUCUCCCAGCCCGCUGCAGCCCCUGGCUCAGUGGAGCCCUUACCCUGACUACGUGUCCCACGAGGCUGGCAGCUGUCCCUACACUGCAGAUAUGUACGUCCAGCCCGUGGGUCCCAGCUACACCCUGGUGGGACCCUCCUCCGUCCUCACUUACACUUCCCAGCCUCUCAUCACCAAUUUUGCACCCCGCAGCAGCGCCCCGGCCGUGGUGCCACCGCUGGAGGUGACGGAGCAGCAGCCGCCCCUGACCUACUUCCCGUGGGCACAGCCCCUGUCUGCCCUGCCAGCCUCCAGCCUGCAGUACCCUGCAGCCUCCUCCUCCUUCCCGGGGCCCCAGCUGCUGCCCGUGCCCAUCUCCAUCCCCGAGCCAGCCCCGCAGGAGCUGGAGGAUGCCCGGCGAGCCAUCGGCGCCCUGCCCAUCGAGAAGCUGCUGCUGGAAGAUGAAGACAAUGAUACGUACGUGUUAAGCCACGCUCUGUCUGUUGAAGGGCUUUAGGUUGCACAUCUGGGUCCUGCUCCUCAGCAGCUCUGUGGGUUUUGAGUAGGGAGGAGAAGCAGGCAGGGUGGGGUGGGAAUUUUAGCGCGCCGUGGUUUGUGCGUUGAGGGAAAUUUGCUUCGUUCUGGCGCCCAGCACAAGAUUCCUCUGCUGUUCCAGCUCCUGCUGCCUCUCCCAGGCGGGUCUGGAUGCUGCACACUUGUGCUCAGCACCAGCACCAGGUGAUUUUCACCCUCAUGGCCUCAAAAUUCAUUUGGUGAGGGUAGGAUUGUUUCUAAAUAUUGCCAAACCCCGUUCAAUAGGGUUGCUUUUGUGUAAAUGCCUUGUUUGUGUGUCUUUGACCUGUCCAGAGAGGAACUCUCACCAGAUUUAGGCCACUAGAAAAUGUUGAGAGGGGGCCUAAAUUGACAUUUUUCUCUCCUAAACUUUACUAUUCCUUUGGAAAUCAGGAAAACAUGAAGUGUAGCUUUGUUCUGCUGGUGCAGGUGGGUGCAGCAGUCUGAGAGAAAUGCCAGAGCAGUCGGAGAUCCCUGUUUGCAGAGCAGGAAUUCACACCCAGGUGUACCUGGAAGCUCUCCCCUUGUCUGCAGGUGUGGAGCAGUGGGUUGGGGUCGUGUUCUUUUAGCUGCAGAGGGGUUUGGGGCUCUGAAAUAUCCGGAUUUGGGGUGUGGGGCUGAUUUAAGGGCUGGCUGGUAAUGCACCCGUUGGACAGAUCCUGUCCCACUGAAAUCUCUGGGAGUUUGGUGUGAGUCAGGACUGCAAUCCAUGGCCCUAGACCAGGAGAACAUUGAGGGAUUUUCCAGAACCUGGAGUGCAGCCCGCCAAGGACUCCAUGGCAUUACUGUUACCUGGCAAUAUUUUCACUUUUCUGUAGCCUUUGAGUGCGAUGUGCUGAGCCAGGGAGCUUUAGUGACCUCUCCUUGGAAAGCUCCCGUGGCCCAGAGGUGCACACGAGUCCUUUAUGGCUUUCUGAUUUCCUUCCCUGGAGAAUGAGGAGCUUCACUUUUCCCUCUGAUGCAAGUGUAAAUAUUUUGGUUGAGGCUCAGGAAUGCCAUGCACAGGCAAAUAUAUUUCAGGAGAUACAUCCCCUUCAAACCCUGUUUAUUGUUUUCUUGACAAAAAAAGAGGCUCUUGGCUGGUGAACAAAAUUUCUCUGGGUUUUUCUGCUUUCUAAAGCCCAGGAUUGUUAGAUGAUUUUAAUAUUUGCAAGACUAACUGCAAAAUGAUUUCUAGUACUCUUUAUUACCUGGAGUCCAGUUGCCACCCAGGCAAUAUUUCAAGUGGCCUUACAGUUCAUGCCUGAGUGAGGUUUGAAAACCCAGGUUGAAAGUCUUAAAAUCUUUCCAAGAGUAGUUUUUAUUGAAUAUUGACAAAUGUGGAAGACGUGAGCACUAUAGAUCAUGUAAGUGAUCACAAAGCUGUUGGAAAAGAGCAGUAGUUGAGGUUUGCAUUGAAAUUAGUGGCUUAUAUUUGCAGAAAAACCCAGCAAAGAAAUUAAUUCGAAGGAGCUUAAGUCACCACUGCUUCCUCCAGUUUUAUGAAAUUCAAAGAUAUUCCCUAGGUAAGACUGGGAUAAAGCAGUUGUGAAUCAAGCCCGUGGUUGCUCUGAUUGCUUUUCAAUUCCUUUCACUCCAAUGUAUGUAAAUUCUGUGUGUGAACAUAAAACAAAGAUGAAACUGUUUCAUCAUUUCUUUCUGGGUUGUUCUGGUUAGAAAAAAAGACAAAUUCUUUUUUUUUUUUUUUUCAAUAAAGAUCUACAGUAACUUU